GGCUUGAGGAAGAUUGAAACUCGUGCGAAAUAAUGGAAGUGCAUAUGGAGCCCAACGAUACGUUCAUAUCGGCGAUUGAUCCGCCUAUCGGCCGACCUUGUCUUCAGCAGCAGGUGUUUGUGAAGAAAACGGCGCGCAACAAAAAACAAGCGAAGCCGGCAAUCGUGGCCGUACCACUGGAGGAAGCGUUACGGACGGAGAUAAACACCAAUAACAUGAAAACGCCGAUAUCGGUGCUGCAGGAGCUGCUGAGCAGGCGUGGAAUCACUCCGCAAUACGAUCUCAUCCAGGUCGAAGGAGCUGUCCACGAACCGACCUUCCGGUAUCGUGUAUCGUAUCAGGAUAAAGAUGCAAUGGGAACGGGCAAGUCCAAGAAAGAGGCCAAGCAUGCAGCAGCCAAAGCACUGAUCGACAAACUCACCGGUAUGUCGUACAACGAGCAACAGACAGGCCAGCUGAUUAUGAAACCAGAGAACCUCAACAAUCACACUGCGAUGAGCGCUGAAGAGGAACCAACCGGUAAUCCGAUCGGUUGGUUACAAGAAAUGUGCAUGGCACGGCGCUGGCCGCCGCCGAUGUAUGAAACGGAAAUGGAGGUCGGGCUUCCUCACGAACGACAGUUUACGAUUGCGUGCGUUGUGCUCAAGUUUCGUGAGGUGGGUGAGGGCAAGAGCAAGAAGGUAGCUAAACGCCAGGCCGCCCAGAAGAUGUGGAUACGGUUGCAGGAUCAACCCAUGGAGUCAAAUCAGAUCAUGCAGCUUCUUGAUGAAGACGGCAACGAAGAGCUACGACCGAGUGGCAUUAUUGGUCGAUUUGCCGGCUUAAAGAACGCCACCAUACCGAACCUCACGACAGCCCACGGGCAGAAGGUAUCACAGUUUCACAAGACGCUGAAAUCGCGCGCUGGUGAAGCUCUCACCAACCUGCAGAACACAAGUCUAAGCGACAGUACGAUCGAUUUCAUUCUAAUGCUCGAAGACAUCGCCAGCGAACAACGAUUCGAAGUGACCUACGUCGAUAUUGACGAGAAAACACACAGUGGCCAGUUCCAGUGUUUGGUGCAGCUCUCAACGAUGCCGGUGGCCGUUUGCCAUGGCACCGGACAUACAGUGCGCGAUGCUCAGCUGCUGGCAGCCCGCAAUUCGCUCGAGUACUUGAAAAUUAUGACCAAAUCAUGA